AUGAAGCUCUCUCUAUUCUCUCUCCUCACCCUCGGCCUCACAGCCGGUACUUUGGCCCAGCCCACUCGCGUCGAGCGCGAUCUCCCUACUGUCACCGGGGUCCUAUCUGGCAUAGGCCCUAAGGUCGAAGCCCUUGACUCUGCCAUUCAGUCCUACUCGGGUGGUGAUGUUGCCAAGGUCCAGAGCGCAUCCGACGCCCUUGUUGAAGCCAUCAAUGCCGGAACUACCAAGGUCAAGGGUACCUCCUCUCUCAGCACCAGCGAUGCUCUCGGCCUUCCUGGCCCCGUCAACGAGCUGAAGGACAAGAUCUCCACUGUCAUUACCCACCUCUCCAGCAAGAAGUCGCAAAUCGUCAAGGCAGGCAAGGGUGGUCAGACCUACAAUGACUUGACCCAGCAGAAGACCGCGGCCAAGAAGCUGUCGAACACUAUUGUCUCCAAGGUCCCUGACAGCUUGCAGGAUCUUGCCGGCAGCAUUGCUGGUGGUAUCUCGACGGCUAUCGAGAAGGGUAUCAAGGACUACCAGGACCAGGAGGGCAAGGGUGGUUCUUCCGGUGGUUCGUCCAGUAGCUCUAAGGAGACUGAAGAAGCCCCUAAGGCCCCUGCUGCUUCUCCUUCUAGCGAACCUGCCCCUGCUAGCGCCCCCGCCCCUUCUAGUGAGCCUGCUCCUGCCAGCAAACCCGCUGCUGCCCCCGCUCCCGCUGGUGCAUGUGCUGCGGCCUACUAA